AUGUCUAUGAGAAUAAAACGUUUGAAUGGCAACAUCGGUACUGAUCUUAAAUACAAUAUCAGCAAAUUGAUCAAUCCUGAAAGUAUUUUAACAGACGAUAGUGAUUACGUAAUAAUCUGGUUAGAUAAAUCUGUCAAUAACGAUCAAUCAGAUGAUCAAUAUUCAUAUCAUCAAUUGGGUCAUGUGACCAAUUCAAUUGCUGUAUUUACCGAUGAAAACAAAUGUUUCGACUUCAUUAAUAAGUUUCGACCCAAUGAAAAACAAAUAUUUUUAAUUGUAUCUGGUUCGUUGGGAAAAGAUUUUGUUCCCAUUGUUAAUGAUGUAUCGUAUAUUAAUUCAAUUUAUGUUUUCUGUGCAAUUAAAAGUCGUCAUGAAAUUUGGACAAAAAAUUACAAUAAGAUAAAAGUUGUUUCUGAUGAUAUUGAUGAUCUUUGUAAAUAUCUCAAAACUGAUAAAGAAAAAUAUCAACUAAAUCAAAUCAAAACUCAUCCAUUUCUAAAGCCAUCAUCAAAAAAGUUCGUGUUACCUUACGAAUUCAAUGUAACUGUGGGUCUAUCCAAGAAUAGAUAUGAUAGUGAUCAACCGAAUGAUGAUAUUCAAAUAUCAACUGAAUCAGCUGAAAUUCCAUUUGGUAUUGAAGAAAAUAGUUCAUUGAAGAAUCACAUUGAAACACAAGGUCAAGUAGAAUCUAGCCAGACCGUGACUCCAUAUACUCAUCGUAACCAACAAAUGGAAUUUUCAGAUACUGGUAUUUGGCCGCAUUUACUCGUAAUCGCCAACACACCGAAUCAACUAUCCAAUCAUCUGAACUCUGUUCUAGGAAUCACCCAGAAUUCUCAAUCUAUAGAUAAUUGUUUACAACAUAUACAUAGCCAUCAGGAGGAUCCACAUUUCGUUGUUCUUUCUGACUCAAUAGAUAUUGCACACAUAUCUAGGUUGAUUCCUCUCGUAAGCAAGUUAUAUAUAUAUUGUCCUAAUAUGCGUGCAGAAGAAUAUCGUGCAUGGAUUGAAGCUUAUUCAAAUAUUGUUUCUAUCUUACAACAGAUCAGUACUAUUACUCGUUUGAUUAUGUGGGAUUUAUCGAUUUCUAUUAUCGAGAUUGGAAACUCUUAUGAGAAUCAAAGUCAGAAUAAUUUGGCUCAAACUCGAUUUCGUUAUGCAUAUCAUCUUCAAAUUAUGAUCCGAGAAGAUUUAAAUAAUCGAAUAGAAACAAUCGGCGGCACCGAGCAAUAA